AUGACCCGACAGUUCAGCAAUUCGGGCAAUAUCGCGAAUCUACUUGUGUGCUACAGCGGGUCAGCUAUUGAGAUUUCCGACAAAAUGACAAAUCUGGUACAACCGAAAUUGACAAUCGUCAUUACGGGAUUUGGUCCAUUUGGACAAUUCGACAGUAAUCCCAGUGAAAAAGUUGUACGGCUAAUUGCCGAAGAAGGUAUCGAGAAUAUCCAACCAGAUGCCAGGAUCGUCGUUAAGGUGAUGCCAGUAGCAUAUGAUGAUGUACAGUAUAUGGUGUGUGAACUGUGGAAGAAAUAUCGUCCUGAUCUUGUUGUACAUUUGGGUGUUCAUUCCGUGAGUCAUGUCAUUAGGAUCGAAACAAGAAGCUGCGGCAUCGGUUAUUAUCAAGACGACGUUAAAUCAAAAACGCCCGAAAGCCAUAAGUGUCUAUUAGCCAAUUACUCUUCUGGUGAGGAGGAACAUAUUAUAUGUACUGGAUUAGAUUGCAUAAAACUUGUAGAAGCAGCGAGGAUGGAAUUUGCUGGAGAAAGUGUGCAGUUUGAGUUAUCCAAUGAUCCAGGAAGGUAUCUGUGCGCGUAUUCCUACUACAUCUCACUUCGGCAUAACAGAAACUGUUCCCUGUUUAUACACAUUCCAUGUUUCAAUAAGAGCUGUACCCUGGAACUUGUCACAAAAAUUGUCAAACAAAUCGUCCGACUAUCAGUACUACAGGUCCUGAAAGCGGGUAAAAAAAAUUCCGAUAACUUCUGUGGUAACAGGCAACAACAGUUCAUGACGAACUGUUUGUAA